AUGAAGAAAAAAAUUACAUUACUAUUCAUUGCGGCAACAAUUUGCGUGAUCAAAGCCGAAGAACAGAACAAAACGAACGAAACAACGCCCAUCAUCGUGAACAACAACUACCCAAAGCCAAUUUCCCUGUGGGAUGGCAAAGGUAUGAUGAACCCAAUGAUUGUGGACUCAAAAACAGCAAAUGCCGUACCAGGCUUCUCCACAAGCGGAUCUGAAUACGAAUUUAAUCCUGACGACUUGGAAGCUUUGCAAGAUCGACUCGUUGACGAAACGUUACAAGGCGUCUCGUCGCUCAUCAAUAACGACAAUUCCGACUUGAAUGACGAUUUUGAUUCGUUUGUCUUUCCCGAGAGCUCGACAGAUGCCGUGUCUUCGACUAAAAAUGACACUUCCGAUUUGAAGCCGGAUCACAUUUUUCGCGUUCCAAAAGUGAAAAAAUACAAAAAAGCUGAAAAUGUUACAAAUAUGCCGAUUAUGAAGUCUUCUUACCUGCAUUUUCACAAUUUUCAUCUCUUCAUCAACAUGUACGAUCAUCAUUUGUGGGACGCGGAGAAGAUAAAAGCGAACGUUUCGGAUCAAUGUGGGAAAGAUAUGAAAAAUUAUCUCGGAAAAGUAAGAAAUGGCGUGCCUGUAGCAUUGAAAGCGAGCGAUUCAUCGGGUCGUUAUGGCGGCAUCUACUUCUUUGGCAACGACUUUUGGAUGGGAAGCAAAACAUUUUGCGACGAAGUGAAUUUGGAGAGCAGAGAAUUGGGUCAAAUUGAACGUCUACCGGAAAUGAGCUUCUAUAUGAUUAAAAUUUUGGUGCGAAUGGAUCCGUAUUUCACUGAGGCAAAAUUACUCCAACUGGGUCAAUGUUUACCAAAAUCCUGCGAAAUUGAGGAUAUUUAUACAAUUUUAAGGCUGGAUCCUGCUGCGCAAGUACUUUCCAACACAGCUUACAAAACGGGCUUGAACAUUUUCAACGUCAGACGUGUUCCCGGUGACUAUCAAAUACAAAAAGAUCCCAAAUAUUUCAUGUUGAUCAUGGUUGUCUCGAUCUUGGUGUGCAUAACUUUCGUUGCAAGCAUCUACGAAUCAAUUUUACUUGGCAAGGGAUAUGAUCUCGUCGAACGGAGACGCAGUUCAAGAGUCCAUAAACGUGAUAUUGAUCAAACGAAGAAGACAACGACGGAAAAUAAACAGAUGGAAAUGUAUCGGAUGGGACAGGAGAACAACAAUAUCGAUGUAAAUGCCGUAAAAAGUGGAAAACCAAUGAAAAAUGGGCACGAAAUUGAACUUAGCACGAGAAGUUUGAACAUUUUCAGCCGUUUUUUGAUUUGUUUUGGCUUGCGAGGCAACAUGCAAAGUAUCUGUAAUGUAGAAAAAAGUGAUCCAGUAAGAAUUUUUUUCUAA